ACACCAUACGUGUAAUUCUGCCUUCGUCGACGUAGCAUUUUUAAAACCCGAUCGAAAUCGCAUUUAGCUAGAUUAAUUUAAGUAAAUACAAACCACAAACCAUACAGUCGCAACCAUGGGCGUCGCAAGCAUGCUGCAAAUCGAUGAAAUGCUGGGCGAUUUCAACAGAAUGAACAAGCGUCAGUCCCUGUAUCAGGUGCUGAGCUUCGCCAUGAUCGUCUCGUCGGCCCUGAUGAUCUGGAAAGGCCUGAUGGUGGCCACCGGCAGCGAAUCGCCCAUUGUGGUGGUGCUCAGUGGCAGCAUGGAGCCGGCGUUUCAUCGUGGGGACCUGCUCUUCCUCACCAACUACAAGGAGGACCCUGUGCGCGUCGGCGAGAUCGUUGUGUUCAAGGUAGAGGGCAGAGACAUUCCAAUAGUGCAUCGCGUGAUCAAGCUGCAUGAGAAAGAGGAUGGCAGCGUCAAGUUCCUGACCAAGGGUGACAACAACAAUGUGGACGACCGAGGCCUGUACGCGCCCAACCAGCUCUGGCUGACCAAAAAGGACAUUGUGGGCAGGGCCAGGGGCUUCCUGCCCUACGUGGGCAUCAUCACCAUCUUCAUGAACGAGUAUCCCAAGGUUAAAUGGGCCAUUCUCUCAAUACUGGCAAUAUUCGUGCUGCUGCAUCGAGAGUAGAGGAGGCGCGUUUAUUUAUAGGUACAAU